AUGCAGCAGCAGUCGGCACGUGACCAGGCGAACAGAGGAGCGUCUGCAACGAGAUUGAGGCACUCGAGACACCUGGACGUGAGAUCGCAGUUCCCGGGCGAGGGUGUAUUAUCGCUCGAUGAGAAUCACAAUCACAAGCCGCUGUUCUCCAAUUGCUCGGCUUACGGGCCGGUGGUGAAGGAGGAGGAACCGGCUGGCACGGUGGUGAUCAGGGUGCACGCCGAGGAUAGGGAUCCACCGGAUGACGGAGGUACCAUUACGUACAGCUUCGUGACCGCUCCUGACGAGAAGUUAAAAUUCAAAAUCAACAAUAAGACGGGUCUCAUCACGACGACCCAGAUGCUCGACAGGGACGAGCCCGCGAGAGAAAAGGAAGCUUAUCUCACGGUACUCGCGACCGACAAUGGGAGGCCGCAGCUGGAUGACGUGUGCACAUUUAAAGUCACCAUCGAAGAUGUCAAUGACAAUGGACCCGUUUUCGACAAAGUGGUCUUCCGUGGAUACAUGUGGAAGGCAUACACGGAAUCUGUGCCGCAAGAUUUGCCCGUGGGUCACGAGGUCAUGCGAGUCUCCGCCACCGAUAUCGACGAUGGCAACAGUUCCAUCGUACGGUAUAGUCUGUCACCUAAGAAAAUGGAAGAUGCUGUAUACUUUCGGAUCGACCGCGAGUCCGGCGUUAUAUUCCUCAACAAAGCUAUAGACCGGAGUCCAGAUUACAAAUUUAGUAUGACUGCUACCGCUGAGGAUUUUGGCGAGAUCCCGCAGAGCAAUGUCAUUGAUCUUGACAUACGGGUCGUGGAGUCGCAUAAGAAGGCGCCGGCUUUUCUACCGAGGUCAACAGAGCCGAUCAAACUGCUGGAGAAUUUUAGCGAUUUCGAUGCCAGCAUUGUCCGCUUGAAGGCAGUCUCCAACAUCGAUAAUUCCAGCAGCUCGGACAAUUCGUAUCUACUCUUCGAGCUCGUGACCGGCAGAACGGAACAGACUAACAAGGGGAACACUUUUAGAUUGGAAUCCAACAAAGAUGUGGCGGAUAUCAAGCUGUCUCAGCAUCUCGAUUACGAGAGUAACAAGCAGUACUCUUUAAUAGUGAGAGUACAGAACAAGUAUCAGUUAGCUGCCGAAACGGUGAUCGAUAUCGAAGUUCGCGAUGUAAACGACAACAUUCCCGUCUUCCGCGAUGUCAAAAGAGGAACCGUCUUAGAAAACGAACCCCGAGGAGUCCCCGUGAUGCAAGUGCGGGCCAUUGACGCUGAUGGAACUUCCGCUAAUAAUCAGGUCAGCUACGAGUUGGACAACUUCAAGGACCUCUUUGCCAUCGACCCGCAAACUGGAAAUAUUACCACGUUGGUGACAUUCGACAGAGAAGUCGAAAAUAUCUACAACGUGAAAAUAAUAGCAUCGGAUAAUUCCCCGAGCGCUUUGUUCAAAACCGGCGAGCACAAUAAGGGACAACAGGUGUUCCAAAUCGAAAUCGCUGACAAGAACGACAAUCCGCCUCGCUUCACCAAAAAAGUGUACGCCGAAAAUUCGAUUAGCGAGAACGCCAACAUUAACGCGCCCGUAACUGAAGUCCGAGCUAUCGAUUCCGAUACGGCGAGCCCCGUCACGUACAGCAUCAUAUCGGGCAACACCGAAGACAGUUUUUACAUCGAGUCUACAACUGGAAAGAUUCGCGUCAACAACCGGCUCGAUUUCGAAAAAAUCACCAAGUACGACCUGAUUGUAAGAGCGUUCGACGGUGUGUUUAACGAUACGGCGCAUGUCGAAAUUUUUAUCGACAACGUUAACGACAAUCCGCCGGUUUUCGAAGACUUUAACAAAAAUCCGACGAUACAGGAAGAAAAAUUGGUGCCCGGAUGUAUCACCACCGUGGUAGCUAUUGAUCCUGAUGUCAACGAUAAAACUGCCGAUCAGCAUAUUGCCUACUUCAUCGUCAAGGAGGAGCAUCAACCUUUGAUAGAAAUCAACGCUACUGGCUGUAUGAAAUUGAAAAAACCAUUAGAUCGUGACCCACCGAAUGGUUUUGCAACGUGGACUGUCAUGGUGAUGGCGAGAGACGACGAUGGUGCGCCUACGGCUCUUCGAGAAUUGACCAUGGUUAAUAUUACUCUCAUAGAUAUAAAUGACAACGCACCGUUCCUCGAUAUGCCUUACCCAGUUAUCUGGGGUGAAAAUAAACCGCCCGGCAUGAUAACCGAGCUGAAAGCACGCGAUUACGACUCCGAGGAGAAUGGCCCGCCGUUCGAGUUCAAAAUUGACAGCACCGCGGACGACGAAAUAAGAUCUAAAUUUGACAUACGCGAGUCUCAUUUGUACGCGCGAGUGAAAUUUGAUCGGGAAAAGCGGAAGAGCUACGAUAUACCCAUCGCAAUCACGGACAGUGGCGUGCCGUCUAUGACCGGUACCUCGACGCUCACUGUAAUCAUAGGCGACGAGAAUGACAAUCCUAUGCGGGAGGGCUCGAGUUCUAUAUUUGUUUACAAUUAUAAAGGAGAGGCUCCCGACACGGAAAUCGGACGCGUUUAUGUCAACGAUCCGGACGACUGGGAUCUGCCGGACAAGUCUUUCGACUGGGCUUCUCCUCACGACGGUUUCUCUCUCAAUGCCAGCACCGGCAUGAUCACUUUACUCUCGGGUACGUCAAACGACACCUUCGUGUUGAAAUUCGUCGUCACUGAGAGAGGCCAGAUUAUCCCAUCGCAUCAGGUAUAUGCCUAUGUGAACGUGACGGUCAAGGAACUUCCCGAGGAAGCCGUUGACAGAUCCGGCUCCGUACGGUUUUACGGACUAACGGCGGAGCAAUUCGUGGAACCUGACGAAUCCGGCGUCAGUAAGAAGGAGAUAUUCCAGGAGAAAUUGGCAACUAUGCUGAAUGCAUCGGUCGAGAAUGUCGAUGUGUUCACCAUACUUCAUUCGCCUCAUCACAACAACAGAAGCCUACUGGACGUUCGAUUUUCGGCGCACGGCAGUCCGUAUUACGCUCCCGAGAAGUUGAACACGAUUAUAGCGCAGCAUUCGAAAGAAAUCGAGCGAGAGAUGAAAGCGGAUAUCGUAUUGAUGAACAUUGACGAGUGCCUGUUCGAGAAGCUCCACUGCAACAAUUCGUGCCGUAAUUUCUUGAACACCAGCACUGUCCCAUACGUCGUAUACACCAAUACCAGCUCAUUUGUCGGCGUUAGGGCGGUCGUGGAUCCGCAGUGUACUUGCCACGUCGCGGAACCUAUCGUCUGCUUGAACGGUGGUACGCCUCUGGGAGAGCGAUGCGAGUGCCCGCCCGGCCUGGAAGGGCCGAGAUGCGAACUGCUGGGCAUCGGCUUUCACGGAGACGGCUGGGUUAUAAUGCCGCCGCCUGGUCAAGCCUGCGACGACUCACAUUUAGGAUUGGAGAUAACGCCGCACGUGGACAACGGUCUUGUAUUUUACUUCGGUCCCAUGACUUACAAUCCAAAGCUUGGAAUUCAGGAUUUCAUGUCUCUGGAACUUCAGCAUGGCUUCGCUGUGCUGUACGUUGACUACGGCACGGGAACUGUAAGGCUAGAUCAGAAACAAAUCAAACUAACGGACGGCAAGAGUCACAGGAUAGACGUUUAUUGGAAGAAAACUUCGAUAGAGAUGAUAGUUGAUAAGUGCGGCAUAUCCGCCUGCAUGAGUCUCACUGCACCGCAAGGCACCAAUGAAUUUUUAAACGUUAACAGUCCGAUGCAAGUUGGUGGUACGUUGACCAACCUAGCGCAUUUAGCGUCGAAUUUAGGAUGGGAUUAUAAACCGACUGACAAAGGAUUCGUUGGCUGUAUACGUAAUAUGACAUUCAAUGGAAACACGUACAAUCUAGGUAUGCCAUCGCUGUCUAGAAACGCAGAUCCUGGCUGCGAUCAUGGCAUGGCGAAGGCUAUCUCGUUCGGAAUUGACACAAACUUUAUAGUAGCCAUUUUGGUUUGCGUAUUGAUAUUAUUGAUAUUACUCGUGGCGGUAGUUGUGCACAGGAGAAAGACGGACGAUCUGUAUAAAGAUAUGGACGAUAUCAGAGAAAAUAUUAUUAAUUACGAGGACGAGGGAGGCGGUGAAACUGAUGCGGGUUUCGAUUUAAAUGUUUUAAGAGCCAUUUACGACGCACCACCUAUUGAUUCGAAGAUAGCUCCAGUUGGCCUACAGGGUAGAGGAACCGACGAAGUUCCAGACAUUUGUGGCUUCUUAGAUGGUAAGAAGGAAAGCUGCGAUAAAGAUCCCGAUACAAAUCCAUUCGACGAUGUAAGGCAUUACGCAUACGAGGGAGAAGGCAAUUCCGAAGGCGAUCUAUCGUCGUUAGCUUCAUGCACCGAUGAUGGAGAUCUCAAAUUUAAUUAUCUAUCUAAUUUCGGACCAAGAUUUAGAAAAUUGGCAGACAUGUACGGAGAGGAUCCAAGUGACGAGGAAAGCGACGGAGUUGGUGAACGUGAGAGCGAAAGCUGGUGUUGAGUUUUCCUAAAUGAGAACAUCAUAGAUAUAAAAUUUUAACGCAGAAAAUGCGCACAGCUUACAGAUUCGAUUCCCGAUUACGUGGUUCAUGUAACCAUAAUUAGGGAGAUAUACGCUGCAGAGUUUACACUGUGCAGCUUUGUGCGUUUCAUACAGCCCCAGGUUCCAAUUAAUUGGAAAGAAACGAGGCUUCAUUGUACUUAAAUGUGGUCUCAUUCACCGAUUACUCUAGUUUGAUGGUUGAAGAGACAAAGAGCGUGUGAUGCGCCAUCCUAUCGACGCAAUGUGUAAUUAACGCGCGUGGUUUAUUAGUGGACGGGGUAAACUUUAUGAUUAUCAUGAGUGACUAUACGGACGCUGUAUAAAUUUCAUUUACUCGCGAAAGUGAUGCGUAUCUUAUACUGAUCCUUAAAAUGAAUUUUUAUAUCUUGUCGAUAAAACCUAGCAUUUAUGUUAUACUUUUACACUAGAAGUGAUAUAUGUGUAUAAGUGGGACGAGAGAAAAUAGUGCGUUCAAAGUACGUUGCACGGAUGUGAACAUUAACAGUUCUGGAUUAUCGUGUUCUCGUAUGUACUUCGACGAGUUGGACAAUCGACAUUUCCAUGCAUCCGCAAUCCUCUCCUUUUUUUUAACUGAAUUACUUAAACUUAAUUAUAACAUAUUGCAUUUUGACAGUUUAUAAUAAGCGACGCUCCAUUAGUUAGGAAUAUCAGGACAGCGGCAUAAAUGUUAUAUUAUGUAAACGGCUUAAUACUUCGUCGGUUAUUUUGUUCGAAAAUUACUUAUUACUCAAUAAUGUAUAGAGCGACUUGCAAAAACUGCCGAGAUUUUUUGUUAAGAUUUUCAAAAUAAAAAUCAAAGAAAACUCACGUGAAAA